UUUUGGCUGCGUUGGGUCUUCGUUGCUGGGCGCGGGCUUCCUCUAGUUGCGGAGAGCAGGGGCUACUCUUCCAUGCGGUGCGCGGGCUUCUCGUUGCGGUGGCUUCUCUUGUUGCGGAGCACUGGCUCUAGGCGCGCGGGCUUGGGUAGUUGUGGCGCACAGGCUUAAUUGCUCCGCGGCAUGUGGGAUCUUCCCGGACCAGGGGUCGAACCUGUGUCCCCUGCAUUGGCACGCGGAUUCUUAACCACUGCGCCACUAGGGAAGUCCUUGUGUAUUUUCAAAGUAAAUUGAUAUAAAGGGUGGAAGCCAGUACUGUUUACACAAGACUCAAAAGCAACACAGGCAGCCUUUAAAAAGAGGGCAGUUCUGACACAUGCUACCCCAUGGAUGAAUAAGCCAGACACAAAAGGACAAAUACUGUAUGAUUUUAGUUACACGAGGUGCAUACCGUAGGCAGAAUUCAAGAGAGACAGGAAGUAAAAUGGUGGUUGGUUGCCAGGGUCUGGAGGGAGGGGGCCCUGGUGUGAAUGUUUAAUGCGUACAGUUUCCAUUUGGGAAGAUGAAAACAUUCUGGUUGGGACUUCCAUGGUGGUCCAGUGGUUAGGACUCUGUGCUUCCACUGCAGGGGAUACAGGUUUGAUCCCUGGUCGGGGAACUAAGAUCCCACAUGCCGAGAAGCCAAAAAAAAAAACAAAGCAUUCUGGAGAUGGACGGUGGUGAUGGCUGCACAAUAAUCUAAAUCAAUGCAGGACCUUCUGUGUAAGGCACCUAAGUAGCUGCAAAGCUACUUGGGAAAUGGAGGAAGGCAGAGGUCCAAUUACGCACACCCCACAGCAGGCACCACAGUCCAGCAGAGGCCAGCGCCGUGUUCUAACAGCUAAGCGUCGCAGGUCUAAAGGAUACAGGCUGCAGGACGUGUGUGUCUUCUCUACACCAGGUGCUCUCUGGGGCUGCUCACCCAGGGGGAGUGCCCAGGCGUAAGCCAAACUCUGUCCCAGCACGGGGAGGUGACCCACUGAGCAGACGGCUGGGCAGGACCAAGCCAAGGUGUGAGAGGAGGGAAGACUGGACCCAUGGGGGGAGGAUGGGAGUCAGGUACCUGCCCCAAGGACCAAGAGCCAGCCUUGGCUCGUUGUGGCCACCGCAGGCCCGGGAUAGGGUGUUGGCACCUGGGGCACUUGGGACACUGGGAGAUGAGACCAGAGUGGGUCUGCCCACAUCAUCUCCCACGAGCGGGCAGCUCCUGGCCAGCAGAGACCUGGGUAGGAGGGCUGGACAGUGGGCUUGGUGCCCUUUGUCCUGCAGACCUCUGCACAGGCGUUUUCUCACUACCCACAAGAAAGACUGCUGCUCAGAGAGGCUCUGGAAAACAGCUUAGCUGUGCUUCUCUCUGCAGGAGGUGGCGUGCAGCCAUAGUACUGCCUCUUUCUCUGAGGGCCCCUCUAGGAAGCACAUCUAUCCUGAAGGUCGGGCCGUGGAGUAGGGUGACCCAAGGAGACAGCCGAGGGGAAGUGAGGUUAGGGCUAGAGCUGGGAUUUGAGUCCAGGUCCUCUGGGGGGGCAGGCAGGGCGGGGCCAGAGCCAGCCUGUGCCAGCUGGUUUCCUCCACAGGCGGGUAGCCCUGGUGUCUGCAGGAGGCCCAGAGAAGGAAACAAGUGUGUUCUUUUUUUUUUUAAAAUAAAUUUAUUUAUUUAUUUUUGGCUGUGUUGGGUCUUUGUUUCUGUGCGAGGGCUUUCUCUAGUUGCGGCGAGCGGGGGCCACUCUUCAUCGCGGUGCGCGGGCCUCUCACUAUCGUGGCCUCUCUUGUUGCGGAGCACAGGCUCCAGAUACGCAGGCUCAGUAGUUGUGGCUCACGGGCCCAGUUGUUCCACGGCAUGUGGGAUCUUCCCAGGCCAGGGCUCGAACCCGUGUCCCCUGCAUUGGCAGGCGGAUUCUCAACCACUGCGCCGCCAGGGAAGCCCCACAAGUGUGUUCUUGACGGAGGCCCUGGCCUGACACAGCCCUUGUGCUGCAGUGGGCCUGGCGGCUUCUCUUCCAGACAUGGUGACCUGCUCGGCCCUUAGCCUGGGCCUCCAGCCAGGAUGCUCAGGUGACCCAGAGCUGUCCCACUCCCUGUGCCACCACCUCCCAGGCCUCUUCCUUAGCAAGGAUAGCUAACUUCUGUUGCCAUGGAGACACCGCAGACCUUUGGGCCCCUUCUCAGUCCCAUCUUUUCCCCACUGUAGUGGUUUCUGAACUGCAGCCUGUGAACUCUCACAGGUGCUCCGAGGAGUUCACAGAUGUCGAUUUUAUGUGCAAAAUAAUGUUAACAUCUUAAAACGCACACUCUUCGUUAUCAGUGGCAAACACUGAAAGGUGGGAACCCCUGGGCCGGCCGUGCUCCAGCACAGACUUCCUGGUUUCAUGCAGCCCUUGGGGAAGGCUGGCCUUGCACCUGGGCUGGUCCAGGGAGACGCCAGGAGUGGGAGGUGAGUGGCUGAGAACCUUCCACGACGUCCUGGGCGAGCCAGGCUUCCUCCAACUCCUGCCACCAGCACCAAGCAGUGGAAUGAAUGGAAGAUGAGGCUACAGCCCCAGUUAGCUCCUUCCUCCAAAUCAUACGCUUUUCAAAUUAAUCCCAUUACUCUUCUAGACUCACUUCAUAAUAAGUCAAUGUUAUAAAUGUAAAUGAGUAAUUUAUAUGAACACUAUAUUUCCUGUUUUAUAUAGUGGAAUUUCAUGGGGGAUUUUGAUUGAGAAAGGGGAUUUCUCUGCUUUAAAAAAGAAAAAAAAGUCAGGCACCCUCUGCACUGAAGGGAGCUGCUAGGCUGCCCACGGGGCACCAGACAAAUGGACACAGCGACCGGCCCAGGUUGGAGGGGGCAGGACACCGGGAGAAACUUCCUCAGGAGACCGCGGUGAGAAUACCUGGUGCCUCUGGACCUUGUAAGGAGACUGAGGCCACUGGUGGCUUGUUGAGGAUUUACUGUAAUUUUCUGUAUAGAUAAGUAAUUAUGCCCAAAAAAAGACCAUGAUUAAUAUAUAAAAUUGUGCAAAAGAGGAAAUGCUAUGGUAUGAAGCGUUGCGCAGGGCUCAGUUCUGAAGAGUGAUAGCCGCCAGGAAAAUGGGCACUCUAUUGAUCUGACCAAAACUGUAAAAAGGAAAAAGAAACCCUCAUGCCCCAAGUGACUGAGCGAAGUGGAAAUCUGGAUUUUUAGGCCAAACAAAACUUGCGUGGGGCUGGCUGCGGCCUGCGGGCCCCAGGUUUACUACCCCGCCCCGGGGCGGCGGUGCUGGGGCGGGUGGGCGCGGGGGGCGGGGCGGGGGGAGACGCAGGAAGUCAGCUGCUUCCUCCCGACCGCUGGGCCGGGGCGGGUCCUCCCCGGGGAGCGGGAGCGGGGUCCCCAGCCCGAGGCGCGCUGCCCGGCGCCGCCGCGGCUCCCCGGGGGCUCGGCCUGCCUUUCAACGGGAAACUCACCGGGCCCCGCAGGUGGCCGCCCGCGCCCGCAGCGCCGCCUUUUGGUGGCCGCGGGGAGCCCAGUUCGUCCGACUCCAGGGUUCGGGAACAGAAGCACAACUUGCACGUUUUAUUUGGACUUCAGGCGCUCAGAUGAAUCAUAAUCCUCUGGUUCGUGACCGCAGCCUCCAUUUAACUGUAACUACACGCUUCCCAUUCCCCCGCCCUGGUCCUCUUCUCUUCCGAAUCUACCAUCCACCACACCUUUGCUUUUCUUAUUACAUAAUUCUAGCGUCGCUUGAUGUAUUGCCUAAGAAGUGCAGCUAAGUAUGGCAUUUAUGAAACCCCAAGCUGUAUGUCAUCCUUAACGCAGUGUUGCUGUAACAGACACCGCCUUUUAGGAAGCACUGGACAUCCUCUUGCCCCCCCAUCUCUUAAUCCCCCCUGCGUGCCUGCCCUGCAAGAGCUGUGACCAGUUUCACUCCAGCGCAACCACGGAGCUGGGCUGCACGCUUCACUGACAGUUCUUGACUGUCACACCAGAGCUUUACUGUGGUCGCCGCCAGGGGUGUCCAGCCCGCAGGUGCAGGAGUUCCUGCCCCGUGGGGUGAUGCUGGCUAAUGGGACAUAGGAGUCAGUGGAUACAUUUGUCCUCCUUCUCUCCCGGGACAGACUGUCCUGAGGCAGGUUUUAUACGGUGUCUCCAAGGACAGUCCCGUGGGACCAUGCAAAUGAUCACACAGCGUGGUCCACUCGGCAGCGCAUCCUCCUACUGGCUGGUUCUCUCUCCUUCCCGGCUUCACUGCCCACGUAGAUGGUUCAUCUGGAUCUGUGGUUACAAGCCGACAAUAUGCGGCAGCUGCACCGACAGCCUUACUCAGGGGCAGCCUCAGAAGGCGGUAGUGGAGAUUGGCGGCCCCAGUGGCCAGAGCUCUGAGCAUCUGACUCAUCCAAGGAAAGAAAAUACACAGCCUCAAGGGGGCAGUGAACGGCCAGGGACCCCAAGAAGUGGGUGGACAGAAAGCCACUAAGAUUCUCAGAUGAUCGAGUCGUUUGAACAAGAGGUGAGUCACCUACCAAAUAAAAAUCCUGGGUAAUGAGGCCACUGAAUGCCGGGAAGAAGGCAGCCCAGGAAAACUCCUGCACAGAUGCAUCUAUUUUACGACUAAAAGCCAAGUCAGGUGAUUGACAGCCUUAAAGGGGCGGGCGGAGCGGACCAGCAGAGGCAGAAACCUGGAGCGAGCCCACGGCUCCUGUGCAGCAAAGAACUACUCAGCGGAUAAACUAUCUCAGGCCGGGUAAACUACAGCCACGAGACAAGCAGGGACAAGACUCAGGUACAGGAUCGGGUGGCGGGAUUCAUCCCCACCCAAGGGGAAGCCCUACUAUUCCUAAACUCUAUUAUAGAUACUGCCUGUAGUUUCGUGGGGUUUUGGUUGGUUGGUUUGGGUCUGGACUGUGCUUGCUGCUCUUCUGUAAGAACCUGCUCACGGGAUCCGUUCAUUGCAUCCACUGUUGGUGGCUCAUGUAAGGGGGUCAGAGGCAGAGCCGAGGACAGGGUUUCCCCAUCAAGCUCGCCGAGCAUUUGAAACAGUGCCUUUUCCUGGGAGAAGAAAAGGUACAAGGUCUUUUCACCCAAGGUUUCGGAUGGCCAGGGGUGCUUCGCGUAGCUUCCAAGCUUCCUUAGAAGUUGCACCCUGCUGUCUGGCCGAUGGAAGCUGGGAGUUUUACUGUGGACUCUGGGCGCUUAAAUAAGAAGGUGGCCAAUUUCAUUUCCACAGUGCCCGACGUCUCCAAGGUGGAUGGAGGUGCUGCUGCCAUCAUACCUGGCCCUUAGUUUGCAGCCUGGGGUACUGCUAACACUUUAUUUUUUAAGUGGGGGUGUUGGGGGUGAGGGACAGAUGGAAUCAGUUUGCCUUCACCUAGCACAGCACACAGCAGCACACUUAUUGCCCUGAAUUCUCCAGUGAGAGAGCAUCAGUGGUUUGGACACACCUGGUAUCAUGUGAACUGUUGGUGGGUAUGCAGGCAUUGUAAUGGCUCCACAGAGAAAACUACUUUGCUGCAUCACCCAAGCACAGCUGAUGAAAGACAGAUGGGCCUCUCAAUGAGGACCAAAUCCAAGUGACCUGCCUUCCAGCUAACCAUCUUGGGAGCUGCGUCACAGCCAAAGAGACAUUUCACAAUCAAUUAAGGACAAACUUUGUCGUAGCCACUGCUUACCAAAAAAGGGGCCCCACCCCCAAACUGGCCACUUUGCAUAUUGGCUGUUGGAGACAGUAGUACAUCCCAAACCUGGAAAUAUUCCCACAGCCUCCACCCCAAGUCAUCAGACACGUGGCCACCUUUGAAUGAGGGCCCCAAAUAACCAACAAUCUUGGAAGCCGUUUGGGCAGCAAUGGAAGACGCCUUACCCUAGCACCUCUGUCUCCUUCAGACCUAGAGGAAGUACAGGUGUCUGCGACCAACCGCACAGCUGAAGGGGGCCUUUGGUAAUGCCCACUCCUCCAGUUCUCCUGGGACUCUGAGCUUUUGAACUUGAGAACUUUCUCCUACCGCUGAGAAGUGACUGUGAGAAUGACUGAGCUCUAAUCAAAACAGCCUCCAACUUGACAUCCUGCAAUUCUGAACUAAAUUCCAUAGGUGGGAAAGUUCUAUCAUGAAAAUGUCAUGGAUCUUCCAAUGAAGGCCAGCCCCUAAGCCUUUAACUAACUUUACAAACAGGUGUCUUCCCUACUGGGCUGCUGGUUUCAUGAAGGCCAGCUGACAAGAAUCAGUGACAAGGGAGCCCACCGACCUCCAAGGUGAGCAGGUCCUCUAUGAUGCUAGAGCCUUUCAGUGAGAGCAAACGGCCGAUGGCCCACAGCAAUGGAUGCCCCUUGUGAUGAGCUGAACUUAAGGUAGGACUUCUAGCCAGAGUGCACCCCCCCCCCCCCAGGAUUUAAUGAACGAUAUCUGUAUAUAAGCUCAUGGGCUGUCACUAAUGGCCUAGCUGUAAUGGUCAGGUCUUUGGGCCACCCAGGACUGAACUUGUAAAGACAUACCACAUAUUGGGUGCAUCCCCCUUGGAAACAUAACUAAUUACAGACUCAAUAUUUACAUUAUAUGUAUGCUUAGAUGAAGCAACCACAUCUAGAGAAAAGUGUUGAGACAAACAUACGUGGAAAAAGCCAACAUGUGUGGCCAUCACCUCUACCGCAGACCAGUGGACUGUGCUCAAGUCCACCAUGAGUAAGCAACCACCAUAAAGCUUGAGAUGCCCAGUGAGAAAUCCUGCAAGCAACUCUUCACUGCAAAGACUUGUAUUAUUUGCCAACUAUACCAGAGUCCUCAGUGAUGACUUCCCCAGGGCCAGCUGGUCUGCUUCACCUAUUUACAACUUGCACAAGGUGAUCACCGCCUCUGUCUACCUGAGCUCCUAGGCACUCAAGGACUUUUGCGCCUGCUUUGACCUCAACAGAUGAAUGGGUGGAUGUUUCAUUUCAUUCAAAUCUAUGUAGACAAACUUGGACACUUUGUCCCAGGUAUUCUAUGGCCACCUUCCUCUGCCCACUGUCUACUUACAUUGGAAAAUGGCAACUCCUGAGUCCAGAAAGGAGGAGGAUGUGGGCCAUCCCUGACGGGGGAUGACAGAUCUCAACUGAUCAGGUGUGAACAUGUCUGACCCCAGAAAUACACGGAGGUCAAGGGGACAUGAGUAACUUUUUUUUUGCCCCCUUUUACAAGUAUGGACCAACAGUUUAAAAUGUCCUUCCCCUAAUCUUCUAGUUCUCGUGAUGUUGAAUAUGUCACCCUCAUCUAACCCAGCUGCAGGGCCCCAGGGCCAGGGGUGGAUUAAGACAAAUUUGGAUGGCCCUGGAGGUUCGCUUCCUCCCUCAUUGUGGUAGCUUAUUGGAGAGAUGACUCUAAAGGUCUGAGUUAGCCCAGUGGAAAAACAUACUGAUUCCAGCCUUUGAGUUUUUUUUUUUUUUAAUUUUUAUUGGAGUAUAGUUGUUUUACAAUGUUGUGUUAGUUUCUGCUGUGCAGCAAAGUGAAUCAGUUAUACAUUUACAUAUAUCCACUCUCUUUUAGAUUUCCUUCCCAUUUAGGUCACCACAGAGCACUGAGUUACCUGUGCUAUACAGUAGUUUCUUAUUAGUUAUCUAUUUUAUACAUAGUAGUGUAUAUAUGUCAAGCCCAAUCUCCCAGUUCAUCCCACCUCCCCUUCCCCACUUGGUAACCAUAAGUUUGUUUUCUACAUCUGUGAUUCUUUCUGCUUUGCAAAUAAGUUCAUUUGUACCAUUUUUCUAGAUUCCACAUAUAAGUGAUAUUAUACGAUGUUUGUCUUUCUCUUUCUGACUUACUUUGUAUGACAAUCUCUAGGUCCAUCCAUGUCACUGCAAAUGGCAUUAUUCUUUUUUAUGGCUGAGUAAUAUUCCAUUGUAUAUACCACACCUUCUUUAUCCAUUCCUCUGUCAAUGGACAUUUAGGUUGCUUCCAUAUCCUGGCUAUUGUAAAUAGCUGCAAUGAACAUAGGGGUGCAUGCCUCCUUUUGAAUUAUGGUUUUCUCUGGAUAUAUGCCCAGGAGUGGGAUUGUCCAGCCCCUGAGCUCUUGAGGGUCUCCUUUUCCAAUAAGGCCGCUCUUCCAGAGAGCUUCCAUUCUUUGAGAGUUGAAUGAUUACUCGAGUGCCCCCUGUACCUUCUGUACAUACACAUGGGAGCACUGUGGGGUGGGGUCCCCCUCUGCCUGUAGUCUGUUCAUGUCCCGAACAAACUAUAGGCUAAUGAAAGCUUAGGGAACUGCACACACUCAACUUCUAACCUGCUUGAUCCCCCCCAAUAUGCCUUACUUAUAUCUGUACCAAGAGGCACAAUGUCAUAUUAAAUUGGAUAUCUUUCCAUAUCAGUAGAGAAUUUCUGUAUUCCAUUCAGUGAACGUAUUCCCCUAUAGAUUCACAUUUGAGGGAAAAUAGCUUUUAAUCAGAGGAUGCCCAUCAGGGUGGCAGCUACCAUCCUUCGUUGUGAGGGCAUGUGCCCAAGGAAGUAGAGACAUGGGUGGGUUGUUAAAACAGGAUAAAACAGGGACCUGAAAAGCACUUUCCCUUUGGGGCUUGUCCCUCUUGCUUCUCCCACUGCCAUGAGAACAUGUUUGGGCCAGCCUGCUGGCAGGAUGUGAGAGGCACAUGGAGGAGGACCGGUUUCCCCUGUUGACAGGGAGAUGACCCAGAAGCAUGAGCUUCCAGCCAACAGCAAGCCUAUGCCCAGACUUCAAGUCAGCCCUGCCAAGGAAAGAAAAGCCACGCAACCUAAACUAUGACCCACAGACUCAUGAGCUAAAUACAUAGUGUUAAGUCACUGAAUUUGGGAGUUACUUAGUAUGCAUCAUUAUUUGUGGAGAUAGUUACAGAAGGCACCAAGGCGGGGUUUAGAACUUCAGGGUCUCCAACUAUACCUCCUGCUCCAUAGAGGCUGGUUUUAUUAAGAGCUGGCUUCUGGGAAUUCCCUGUUGGUCCAGUGAUUAGGGCUCCGGGUUUCCACUGCAGGGGGCAUGGGUUCGAUCCCUGAUCAGAGAACAAAUAUCCCACAUGCCUUGCAGUGUGGCCAAAAAAAAAGAUCUGGCUUCUUCUCUGUUGCCCAUGUAGAUUUUAGGUUAAACCCUAACUUGAGAGGAUUUCAAAGGCAGAAGCAAUGGGUUGACAUUGGCUUGUCCAGAGCCAGGAUUAGGUUCCAACUGGCUACUGGCUUCUGGUGGAACAAUCUUUUUGUAGCUGUUAAAUAUUCUGACUGUGAGGGAAGGGGGGUAACUGGUGGCUGGGAAAGGUAUUCAGAAGCUAGGCCAAGUAUACAGGUGGUUGAGUCGAACUUGAGGAUCAAAUAAAAAGGGCUGAGCCAUUGGAAACCUAGAGUUUGCACUUCCAAAGGAUACAGUGGAACCAAUGUGAGGAAGAUUCAGUAAGUCCAACAAAUAGGAGAAUCAGCAUCAAAAGAACUUAGCAUCUUCGUAGAAUAAUCUGAAAGAAAAUAAAGUAAAUGAAGUUGGGAGGGAGACGCAAGAGGGAAGACAUAUGGGAACAUAUGUUUAUGUAUGACUGAUUCACUUUGUUAUAAAGCAGAAACUAACACACCAUUGUAAAGCAAUUAUACCCCAAUAAAGAUGUUAAAAAAAAAAGUAAAUGAAGUUAAAAACUCAAUGGAGCUGCUAUACUGUAACUUAGAGUUAAAAUUCAAAGAAUAAGUGAAGUACAGCUUAAGAAAAAUAUUAGUGUUUGAGGCUACCAUCCAGAAUGUAGCACAGAGAGAUAAAGAAUUAGAAAAUAUUAAAGAGUUCAUUGUUAUAGAAGAUGGGACUUCCCUGGUGGUCCAGUGGUUAAGAAUACAUCUUGCAAUGCAGGGGACGCUGGUUCAAUCCCUGUUUGGGGCACUAAGAUCCCACACGCCAUGGGGCAACUAAGCCCACACACCACAACUAGAGGGCCCGUGUGCCGCGACUACAGAGCCCAUGCACUCUGGAGCCUGCACGCCACAACUAGAGAGAAGCCCACACACUGCAACGAAGAGCCCAUGUGCUGCAACUAAGACCUGAUGCAGCCAAAAAAUAAAUAUAUUUUUUUAAAACCCACACAUUUCUCAUAAAAAAAAAAUUUACAGAGGAUGGAAUGAGAAGGUCCCACACAUGUCUGAUGCAGAAUCUAAUCCAGAGGGAGAAUAAGGAGAGCUUCUUUCAAAGUGGAAAACAAAUGAGAAUUUUCUGGAAAUGAAGAACAUCAAUCCUCAGACUAAGGAAGCAUACCACAUCCCUCUCAAGUUACAUGAAAAUAAAUCCACCUAGAUGUCUUCCAGUGAAACUCAAUACCAAAUGCAAGGAUAAAAUCUUAGAAGAACCAAAGAUGACCUACUAUCAAUGUAGGCUCACAGCAGAUUUUUUUUUUUGCAAUGUUAGAGCCCAGAUGACAAUGGAAUAAUAUCUCUGAAGGAUUGAGAUUUUAAAAAAAAACAAAAACUGUCAAUCUAGAAUUCACCAUCCAGCUUAGCUAUUUUUUAAGUGUAAGGGCACUCUUGCUGAAAGGACAACUAACCCUUGAGUCAGAAGAAAAUGGAAUCCAAAAAUAAGUAGAAUGUAAAGAGGCAACGGUGAGGAAAAAAUAAAAUAUAUUGGCAAGUCUAAAAAAGCAAUGGUUGCAUAAAACAACAAUAAUAGCUAACUUGAGGGAGAUGUUAAAACAAGAUAAAUUUAAACGACUAGGCAACAACAAUGCAGUAGAUGGGAAGAACUGAUGGGCAUUCAUUCUAAGGUCAGUUUUGUUUGGGAGAUGGGUAGGAACACUGAUUAAAUUUAUACGUUUGUAUAAAAUCAAAUAUGCAUUCUAAAAAUGUAACAGUAUUACUGAAGAAUUUUAGUUAAUAAAAGAGGCAGGAAUUACAGAAUUAUAAAGUCACCAUUUUGCAACCCUUACUAAAAUAACAGAUUUAGACAAAGGUCAAUGGAUGAAACUUUUCAGCUGAAAAGGUGAUGGGAAACUUUACAGUGGGAGGAGUCAGGCUGUCAGCACCUGAACCCACUGAUUAAGUGUGCAUUAAGAGUGGCACUACGUCAGGGUACACACUGCCUUUUGAAGUACACAGCAUCACCUACAAGAAACGCUUAAAACAAGAAGAAGCCUAACCUGAAUUUAAGCAAGACUUUAGAGCUUGCUUUCUGUUUUGAGGAAAUAUUAGGAAUGGAGGAACAAGAUAAAUUACACAAGAACACAAACAGAUAAAUCCAGAAUGUGAGAUGUCUUACAGGAAUCCAAAUUAUUAGAGGGAAAAAAAGAUGCCAGCAACAUUGCUGAAUACAAAGUAAUCAAAAUUAACCCCAUCCUUGUUCCACAAUUCUAAUCAGAAUAUGUAAUUUUUAAAUAAAGAUCCCAUUCUGGGGAAUUUCCUGGUGGUCCAGUGGUUAGGAUUCCGUACUCUCACUGCCGAGGGCCCAGGUUCAAUCCCCGGUCAGGGAACUAAGAUCCCACAAGCCGCAUUGCACGGCCAAAAAAAGAAAAAGAUCCCAUUCUGGGUAGCUACAAAAAUUAGGAUGAACCUGACGGAAUAUGGGCAAGACUUUUAUGAAGAAAACCAUGAAACUGUACUGAAAAUCAAUACAGGACCUAAAUCAGUGAAGAUCCUAUGUUCGUGACUGUGAGGUUCAAUAAUAAAUCAUUUUUCCACAAAUGAAUCUAUUAAUGCAAUUCCAAGAAAAAAAUCAAAAAGGUUUUUUCAUUUUUUAAUGAAACUUGCCAAAUCCGUCUUAAGAAUUCAUAAUAAAAACUAAAGUGCCUCUGUAGUCUUCCUCUCCGUUUCACUGUAAACCAAAACUUCUCUAAAAAGUCUUUAAAAUUAAAAAAAGUGCCAAGAAUAAAACAAUUUAGAACUUGCCAUAUCAGAUACUAAGAUUUUUAUCAAGACUGUGGUAUGAGCAAGGGGAAAAAUAGCCCAAGAAAGUUAGCACGAGACCCAGGCAUAUACAUAAACCUGGUAAAUGACAAGGGCAAUAUUGUCUAUUAGAGGAGCAGAGUCACUCACUGAAAUAAUAAAUCAGAGGGGAUGAGAGGCUCACACCACACACAAAAAUCAAGGCAGAAGCAAGUACUAAAUAUAAGAUGCAAAUCCUUAAACAUUUUAGAAAGUAGAGAACAUCUCUGACCUUGAGGUAACUACAGAAGCAAAGUUAAAAUAUAAUUCAUAGAAUAUGAGGAGAUAUUUCCAAGGCAUGUUACAAAGGGUAAUAUCUAUAAUAUGUCAAGAACUCUCAAAUGAAGAAAA